AAUUUAUAAAAAUUCAAUUGGUCGAAACAGAUGAGUUAUUAGAUGCGAAGGGACGAUGGCGGCCAUCCCUUGCCUUCCCGCCGCUGCGCUGCUCCCUCUGACCUCCAUACGGCCUACCAAGUUCCUCCUCUGCCGCCGCCGCCUCCGCCUCCGCCUCCGCCUCCUCCGCUCCCCGUUGUUUUCUUCAGCAUCUUCGAGUGGGAUCCCAGUGACCUGUUCGCGGCCCGAACCAUCUCUAGAGGUCGUGUACAAUGUGCGGGUCGAGCGAGGCUUGUCGCUGGAGAGGAUGGCGGAGCUAGGCGUCGACAGAUGGGCGGUGUGGAAGUCCGGCGGGCGGUCCCGCCUCCCCUGGGAAUGGAACGUGGAACAGCAGGUGUACGUCGUCAGCGGCGAGGUCCGGGUGGUUCCCGAGGGCGCCAAGUCCGGCGAGCGAUACAUGAAAUUUGUCGCCGGCGACCUUGUUCAUUACCCCAAGUGGUUUGGGGCCGACCUUCUCUUCGACGGCCCCUACGAGGAGCGUUACCGCUUCCUCGCCCCCGGCGACGAUUGAACCAAUUCCAAAACCCUAGAUUCUUUGAGGCAACUAUUGGAAAUGGAGAACUUGAAGGGCCUGUUCGAAAAAUAAAAAAUCUUUUGCCAGCUUUAAUAAUAGAUGUUAGUUCCAUGUAAACUCAUCAAUAAUGAAUGCUUGUCGCACAUUUUUUUCUCUCUUUAUUGUAGUAUCUGAUGAUAAUAAAAAUAAUAAUUUUAAAUUGAUAAAA